AUGGGGCUCUGGCUGCUGAUGCUGCUGGUGCUUCAGGCAGUUUGGAAAGGCGCACUGGGGAAAACCCAUUCUUUGCACACAAGAGGACUCCUUGAAUUAGCAGGAACCAUAUCCUGUGGCACAGGACGCAAUGCUUUGGCGUAUCUAGGUUACGGAUGCUACUGUGGUCUGGGAGGACGAGGUUGGCCUAAAGAUAAAGUGGACUGGUGUUGCCACAAGCAUGACUGCUGCUAUGACAAGGCAGAGCGGGAAGGCUGCAGCCCCAAGAUGCUGAGAUACGAAUGGACUUGUGAACGCAAUGCUGUGGUGUGCGAUACACUGACAGAUAGAUGCCAAAAAAUGGUGUGCCAAUGUGACCAAGAAGCAGCCAAGUGUUGGGGAACAGCCUCUUAUAACCCACACUACGUCCUCUGGCCAGAUUUCUUAUGUGGACAGACUACUCCCAUGUGUCAUGUUAGUUAG